AUGAGUAAACAAUCAAACAGUGUUAAGCUCCCGAAGCCAGCACAAAACUUUGAGGAUGUGCUUCCCCUCCCCAUCUCCAUACAACAUAGCAGACCCAUCGAAAGUUUUGCAGAUAUUGCAAAGCUCAGCGAUAGGGAUACUCCCGUUGUCACCAUGUUCAGCGGUGGUCUGGACAGCACAUAUUUGCUCCUCAGACUUCAAGAGCUCGGCUUUGCAAACAUCCACGCUGUGGCAGUAGAUGUUGGGGCUCUUGUCGAUGUGGACGAGCUUACCAAACAUGCUGCUCACUUCGGUGCCCAGUUCAAGUGUCUCGAUGGUCGUGAACUUUUCGUCAGAGAUGGUGUUAUGCCAGCUAUACAUGCUCGUACAAUGUAUUUGGGACAGUUUCCCAUCAGCAGUUCGCUCACUCGUCCGAUCAUUGCUCGUUUGGUCACCGAUUAUGCUAAGUCUGUGAACGCGGGCUUACUGCUUCAUACUGCGAGCUUGUCUCAGAAUAGCUUGCCUCGACUUCAUAACUUUAUUCGACAUCUUGGUGACCCUGGAAACGGUGAUGAAAACCUAUGGUGUCAUGAGUCCGAGGAUGGCCCAUUGGGUGACCCAGAGGGUUUCUCAAUCCCGGAGAAUACUUAUGAAUGGACAAGACGCUACAAAGAACACGCGACACAAGAACUCACACUUGGUUUCGAAAAUGGAAAUCUCAUUUCCGUUGACGGGAAAAGGCUCACUCUUAUCCAAGCUAUUGCUCUUCUCAACAAUGAAGUAGGAAAAUAUGGCCACGGUCGAUUUGUAGGGCUUGAGCCUCUUAGCACCGAUAACAAGGUUCUCGAGAUCCGCGAAGCUUCUGCUGCUGCCAUCAUCAUGGAUGCGCUUCGUCAUCUUGAGAUUGCCACUCUGGAGACCAAAACUCUCGAGUUGAAGCAACAGCUAGAACAGAAAUGGACGCAGGAAGCUGUUGCUGGUCAUUGGGGAAGCGCAUGUCAUAACAUGUGUGAUGUCGCUAUUGCUGCUUCUUUGAAUGGAGUUGGUGAUACUGUCACUUAUGUUAUUGAUUCUGUGCUUUUCCUGCCUUGUGCUAUUAAGGCGCAGAAUCUUUGCUAUGUGAGGGAUCAGGAUCAAUGGGAACAGGCUCAGCAAGUGCUUGAUUAUAGUAAGCCUACAUUCGGGUAUCCGAAUAGACCGGUGCAAACGACAGGGGUUUUCGUCUGUGGAGUGUGGCCACAAAGCUUGGGCUAUGGAACCACCUCAACUGGUUGUUUCGAUUCAAAAGAUCGUCUCCUCUUCUGCAGUGUUUGUCCUCGACAAAUUUACACAAUGUCCGAACCAACCAAACUAAUCUAUCAACAAGAUGGAGACAAGCUUCUCCAUCCCGCCAAAAUCCUCUCCAUCAUCCCCGUCUCCGCACUCCCAGUCCCCGACCAAGUAUUUUUGAAAGACUCCUCGGAAAUCGAACAUGCCAUCAUCACCGACUCCACCAUUUUCUACGUCCAAGGCGGCGGUCAACCCUUCGAUACCGGAACCAUGACCUCCGAAAUCCCCAACAAAAGCAACUCUACCUUCGAAGUAAAAUCAGUACGUCAGCCCGCUCAAGGAAGUCAAAUUCUUCAUCUCGGCCGCUUCAUUCCCGUCGGAACACCGCACUUCGAGAACAGAGAAACCGUGCAUCAACACGUCGAUGCCGAAAAACGAAACCUGUAUUCGCGCUUCCAUACCGCGGGACAUAUUCUCAGUCUUGCUAUCCUGGCGCUCGUUCGCGAGGGUGUGCUUUCGCCGCUGACGGAGUCCAAGGCGUCGCAUUAUCCGGAUUCGGCGGCGGUGGUGUUUGGGGGGUCGAUUGAGGGGAAACAUAAAGAUGUUAUUCAGGCGAAGACAGAUGAGUUUGUGAAAUUGGCGAGACCGGUGACGAUUCAUUGGUGGCCGAUGGAGGAAGUGAGGGAGAAGUGUAGUGGGGUGACGGAUGAUUUUGCGUUGCCCGAAGGAGAGGUCAUGGCGAGAGUGGUGGAGAUGGAGGGACUAGGAAGUUAUCCUUGUGGGGGGACCCAUGUGCAUGAUUGUAGUCAGGUGGGAAAGAUCGAGGUGAAGAAGAUUUCGCGAUCGAAGGGUAUGACGAGGGUUUCGUAUAAAGUUACAUAG